UGUCCUCUCUUGGAACAGCAGACGCUAAUAACAGCAAACAUGAACAGCAAAAUAAUUUUAUCAAUUUGCUUGGGUCUGGUGAUUGGAAUAUCCGGUCAACGUGCUGAAACCCGGCCUUCAUCUAAAUUAUCUCCAGCGGUUCCACCAUCUCCACAAGCUUCGUUCGGAUCUCCACUAAAAGACCAAGCGACGAUUGUACGGCAAGAGCAGGACAUAAAUCCAGAUGGCAGCCACUCAUCGGAAUGGGAAACAUCUGAUGGAAUUGUCGUCCAAGAGAAAGGUGUCGUGAAGAAUGCUGGGCAGGAAAACGAAGCCCAGUCUAUUCAGGGAUCUGCCAGCUGGACAGCACCAGACGGACAAAAAAUAAGUAUCACUUGGACUGCCGACGAAAAUGGUGCUGUCUUUGCAGGCAAUCAUUUGCCAACACCACCACCAACUCAAGCCAUACCUGAAAUAAUUCAGCGCGCUAUUGACUGGGCCGCCAAAAAUCCCUCACCCGAUUACAAAAAGGAAUAAAAAUAUAAUA